UCGCGACAACGCACCCGUUGAUGAAAUCGUUUGCAACUUCUCCGACUUAAAAGCUGUUUAUUACCCGUUAAAGCUACAACUAUCAUGUCGGUUUUACAGAAGUUCUUCAUUCUUACUCUUUCACGGAGGAGGACGGACGCGGUCAGCCGGUUGUCUCGGUGUUAUUUCAGUUCAAAUCCCUCCAGACUCUGUUCUGUGUUUCGCUGUCCGAACACCAGAACCAGAACCAGGACUGGGCUGCCCUCCUCUCAGGACCAAAGUUUUCAGAAACUGUUACCUGCUGGCAGGUAUGAAGCUGUUUCUUACGGUUACAGAAACUUCUCAACUUCAUCGAGUAUCAGGAGUGAAGCUAUCGGGCAGGUCCAGUCAAAACACUAUCAGCUGAUCUACACGUGCAAGGUUUGCUCCACCAGGUCCAUGCAGCAGAUCUCCAAGGUGGCUUACCACAAAGGUGUGGUGAUCGUGACAUGUCCGGGGUGUAAGAACCACCACAUCAUCGCUGAUAACCUCGGCUGGUUCUCUGACCUGGAGGGGAAGAGGUUGGUGGUGCUGUGGGCUGAAACCACAAUCAAUUUGUCAUUGAUUUAUAACAGCAUCCAAGCCAUAAACAGUAACACUAGUAGGGUUGCAAGGCUGUUGCUCCUUAACAUCACAUUGAACUGUGUUUUGGUGUCACGUGAUGUGAGGCUGAUGAAUGUUGCAACACAGGCCAUUGAUUUUGUUGCCUAAAAGCUCAUGUAACUAUUUCUCUGUCUGUUUUUUAAAACAC